AUGGAAAAUGAAACAAUAAAAAUAAUUACGUCGGAACGCGGAAAAGACUUGGCAUUAGUUGGUACAGACAAAUAUCGUUUUAUAAGACAACGAAAAGACGGGCAAGUUAAAUGGUUGUGCACAAACAGGACAUGUUAUGCCAGUAUAUUGUCAGACAGUGGCCGUUCAAAAGUAUUGUCAAUGUUGGGUGAGCACGGACAUAUUUUAAAUACAAUGGAGAAAAUCGAACACCAAAUUUUACGAGAAAAUUGUAAACGUAAAGCAGAUGACUCAAUUUCAAUUAGACCAUCAAAAAUUAUCAGAUCUGAGCUGAUGGCAACAGAUUUUGAAGUGCCACAUUCAGAUAUAAAAUCGAUAAGAAAAGCCAUGUACGAUAAAAGACGCAAAAAAUAUCCUCCUUUCCCAGAUUCGUUGACCUGUGCUAUACUUCAGGUAACCUAA